AUGCCUGAUAUCUGUGGAGAAAGCUGGUGGUGCAGACUCUUGCAGAUUGGCUUGAAAGCGGAUGAAGGAGGUGAAGAAAAAGGUUACCCUGAAUACCUCAAGUUCAUGAGGGACUGGUGCUAUGUGGCAAUAAAAAUCAUUGACAAAUCUCAGCUGGAUGCUGUGAAUCUGGAGAAGAUCUAUCGAGAAGUGCAGAUAAUGAAAAUGCUUGAUCACCCACACAUUAUAAAGCUCUACCAGGUGAUGGAGACCAAAAGCAUGUUGUACCUUGUGACAGAAUUUGCCAAAAAUGGAGAGAUUUUCGAUUACCUCGCCAGCCACGGCCGCCUAAGUGAGUCUGAGGCCAGGCGUAAAUUCUGGCAGAUCCUCUCAGCAGUGGAGUAUUGCCAUGGCCGAAAGAUUGUGCACCGUGAUCUCAAGGCUGAAAAUCUUCUGCUUGACAACAACAUGAACAUCAAAAUAGCAGAUUUUGGCUUUGGAAAUUUCUAUAAAAGUGGCGAGCCUCUGACGACGUGGUGUGGAAGCCCACCUUAUGCAGCCCCAGAAGUCUUUGAAGGACAGCAAUACGAGGGACCCCAGCUGGAUAUCUGGAGCAUGGGUGUAGUUCUUUAUGUUUUGGUCUGUGGAGCAUUACCUUUUGAUGGACCAACGCUCCCCAUACUGAGGCAACGAGUUCUGGAAGGAAGAUUCAGAAUCCCCUAUUUUAUGUCAGAAGAAUGUGAACACCUCAUUAGAAGAAUGUUGGUCCUAGACCCAUCCAAAAGGUUAACUAUUGCUCAGAUUAAGGAGCACAAAUGGAUGCUUAUAGAAGUUCCUGCACAGAGACUCAUUCUUUAUCCGCCAGGACAGGAGAAUGAGCCUUCCAUUGGAGAGUAUAACGAGCAAGUUUUGCGGCUAAUGCACAGCCUUGGAAUAGACCAACAGAAAACUAUUGAGUCUCUGCAGAACAAGAGUUAUAACCACUUCGCUGCUAUCUAUUACUUGUUGGUGGAGAGGCUCAAAUCACAUCGGAGUAGCUUCCCUGUGGAGCAGAGACUUGAUGCGCGGCAGCGUCGGCCGAGUACCAUCGCUGAGCAGACAGUAGCCAAGGCACAAGCUGUGGUGCCCUCAGUGAACUUGCGUUCACAAAACGCAAGGCUGCUGCGAUCUCCAGGCCUGCCCCCUGCUUCAGGUGCAGAAGCCUUUUCAUUCCCUCCAUCCAGCUGCCAGGCAGAGACAGCAUUUAUGGAAGAAGAAAGAGUUGAGACACCGAAGGUAAAUGGCUGUCUGUUAGAUCCCGUACCUCCUGUGGUGAUGAGGAAAGGAUGCCAGUCACUGCCUACCAGCAUGAUGGAAACUUCUAUUGAUGAAGGAAUAGAGACAGAAGGCGAGUCAGAGGAUGACCCUGCACAGGCAUUUGCAGCCCUCCAAGCAACUCGCUGUGGGAAGAGACGUCACACUCUGGCAGAAGUUACCAACCAGCUGGUGAUGCUGCCAGGCACAGGAAAAGUCUACUCAUUGGAUGAAAACUCAUCUCUGGGCAGCAUUGAUUCAGAGUAUGAGAUGGGAUCCCUUCAGAGAGAUAUUAGCUUCCUGGAAGACACCCCUUCCUUGAAAGAAAUGGUGCUAACUAACCAACCAGCACCCAGAAUGACACCACCUUUCAUAGGCCUGAGACCUGCCAAUCCAGCCAUGCAGGCCCUCACCUCCCAAAAACGAGAGACCCACAACCGCUCUCCUGUCAGUUUCCGAGAGGGGCGUAGAGCUUCUGACACAUCGCUCACACAAGGAAUUGUAGCGUUUAGACAGCACCUUCAGCAUCUGGCACGAACCAAAGGAAUCCUGGAGCUGAACAAAGUCCAGUUGCUAUAUGAACAGAUGGGAUCAGAAGAAGAGCCUACCCUGACAUCACCUGCCACCCAGUUGCAGGACCUCGUUAAUAGUCCCCCUCAGGAAGAAGCAUCUCAGCAGCAGGAGGCUACAUCUGCGUUCCCUAAUGGUGCACACCCCCCAUUACUAUCCAGACGGCAGAGCUUAGAAACACAGUACUUGCAACACAGGCUCCAGAAACCCACCCUGCUAUCUAAAGUUCAGAAUACCUGCCAGCUAUACUGCAAAGAACUACCCCGGAGUCUGGAACAGCAGUUACAGGAACACAGGCUGCAUCAGAAGCGACUCUUUCUCCAGAAGCAGUCCCAGUUGCAAGCCUAUUUUAACCAGAUGCAAAUAGCCGAGAGCUCAUACCCAAGGUCAAGUCAACUGCCACUGUCAUGCCAGGAGGAGGAGCAGCAGCAGCAGCAGCAAUCAACACAGUUCAGCUUGCAGCAGCCUCUAAGCCCCGUCAUGGAGCCUUCCUCAGAACAAAUGCAAUAUGACCCCUUCCUCAGUCAUUACCAGAAAGUACAGUUGGAGCCACUGCCACCUUCCCAGAUCACCAGCUCAUCACAGUUGUCAUCACCGAUUCAGGUGCAGCAGCCAUCACAGUCGUUACAGUAUUCCUAUCAGACUUGUGAAUUGCCUGUUGUCACCUCUUCUGAGCCAGACUACCCAAACCAGUGCCAGUAUUCCAUGGACCCAGCACAACAGAGCAAUGUAGCAUUGCCUGACAGCCAGAGCAGCUCAGCAUCUCGUGAGUCUCAAUCAAACUAUGAUGCGUUAACCCUCUCAGAAUUGCCUGGACUCUUUGACUGCGAAAUGAUGGAGACUGUAGAUCCCCAGCACAGUGGCUAUGUCCUGGUGAAUUAAAAAUGCGGGGUGGCUAACAUGAGAGUGAAAGACGGGACAAACAAAGGAGAAGCAUGUGAAUUUUUGUUUUUGUUCCCACGCUAAAGUUCCUGGUAAUUUUCCAACCCCUGAAUUAAACAGGGGAUAUAAAAAUCCACCUGACUGGAAAGAGCAGGGGAUGGCUACAAGCGUUUGUUCGCUAGCUCAUCUUGUUGGCAGCAGGGGCUGGAGAACAGAGAGUGCAGUUUGGUUCAACAAAGAACCAGUUUGCGUGGAAGGAACCAAGGAAAAAAAGGAAAAGAAAAAAAAAAAAGUGAAUCUUGAAAGAAAUGGCCCCUUCCAAAAAAAUUGGAUAGUCUGGCAGCGUUCAUCCAAUACUAGGAGAAAGGAGACUGAGUGCAUAUUGCGUUGCACUUCUUGGCAAUAAAAGCAAUAGUUUUCAUUGAAAUUCAGACUAGAAUUUGGGUCUACACUGAUGGCAAACGUAUAACAGUAUAGUCAGGUGGAUUUAAAGGAAAGUUGCACUUUGGCAUCAAAUUGCUGGUUGUAAGCUACUGAUCUUGAACUACUCCACAGUAAGUCUCAGAGCUCACCAGGCAUCUCGAGCAGCCUCCAGUUCCUCCUGUUAGCAAGUACACAGUAUUUCCCAAGCCUGCCAAGGAACUCUCAGUCAUCCACAAAAGGAAGCCUCUGGAUCUUUGCAAAGUGACAUACUGACCUAGUCAAAAGAUACCUGGAACUGACACAGGGUGCCACAGUGGUUUGUAGACCUCUGGGUGGGGCUCAGAAUACAAAAAGGUAAAGGAUUAGUUAACAGGGAGACAGAGGGUAAGACAUACCACGAGAAGGUCAAGAACUGCAGCCAGUGACAUCAAAAAGUCAGCCUUUGGCAUCUGAAAUCAACCCUUUUUGCAGGCAGCCCAUUGUGGAGUGCUCCGUCUUGGAGAAGUUCUGAUCACUGGAGAGGAUUCAUCUGUCCUUUUGUUGCUUUUUUGGAAAACAAACAGUGUUUUGAAUUUACAGUAUGCGUUGCUGGUGGUUUAUUGAGCUUUGUAUAUUUGGACAAUUAUUUAGGGUUUUAGAACUUAAGGAUAAAAACAAUGAGCUUAAAAAAACCUCUGUGAAGUGAUAGUGCUGUGCCUUUUUCGGUUCCUUAUCAGACUAUAUGCUUUUUUCUGAAGAAAGUAGACGAUACCCCAUUUAUAUCCUUGCUACAGCCAAAGUCCCUUCAGAGCACGCGUUCCACCAUGUGGAACAUAACGUUUAACUUUUUUAGUGCUUUGAUUGCUCAUGUAUAUAUAGUGUUGAAAGUAUUACAGCAAUAUUUAGCAUCAAGAACUGUUGAUGUAUUAACCAUUUCAACAAAUGCUAAACUCAACAAGCACUUGUGUCUCCAGACCUUUCAGUCAUGACAUGUUAGACAUAGGAGGAUUGUUCAGGAGUCAAAGUUUAGGUCUCCGUAAUAUGGGUUUUGUCUCCAGUCUUUAAAUAUUGUGGGGCAUUGUCUACCUUCCUGUAAAUGAGCCCCACAGCUGGAACUUGCAGCCCUUUUCUAAGCAAACAUUAAGCACAAUGCCGAUUACUAAAGCACAAAGAAUGAUGGAGAAACAGAAUGAUGGAUCACAUGUAUAGGAAACACCACUGUUGGCUGGAAAGUUUCUCUGGUAUUAAAAGUUCAGUGAGCUAAGGUCUUUGGCACCACAAGUCAAGAGGCUGUAGCCACCAAACUCAAUAGAGUUUGGGUAUUCAGGGGCGCCUGGUCAUUUUAAGUUGAUAGACAAACAUCUUGGUGUUACACAUACUACAGCAAAGCACUAGGUUGAACAGGCAGCAAAAGGAGGAAGAAA